AUGAUAAGUUAAUAAAAAAAAAAAAAAUAGAACAAAAUAAAAUUGGGAAUAUGCAAAAAAAAAAAAACUAUAAUGGCAUUAUUGGAAAUAAAAACUUUUAUCAAUGGUAAGGGUGAGAAACAGCGUAAAAGUUGCACAGCCAGAGAGUGCAACCCUCGUUAUCGUAACGUAGUAGGAAAAAAAAAGCCCCUCUCUCUCUCUAAAAAACGCUCUCUCUCUCUCUACGUCCCUCUGCUCUGUUUGCCCAAACCCCUACUCUCACAAGUCACAAGUCCUCGCCAUAUAUCUCACUAAUCACUUAUACACAAAGCUCUUUCUCUUCAAUUACGCGCCAAAAAGGUUUCCCGGGGUCACUCUGUUUUUUCCAGGUAUUGUUCUUCAGAAUUCGGCGAGACAACGGCAUUUAUGGAAUUCUUUUGGUGAGAGACAGUUAGGGUUCGUUCCGAGAUGGAACCAACGGACGAAAUCGGUGGCACUGAUCCAUCGGAGGCGAGAUCGGAAGGUUUAGCUGUGCUAAUCGGCGAAAAGAGACCGGCGAAGAACAGAGAGGACAAUGAAUUUUGCGUUCCGUCACCGAAGAAGGCGAGGAAUGGAGGACAAUUGGUUGGUACUAUGAAGAAGGUGGCGGAAAUGGUAUUGGUGUUGGCGUCGAUGGGGAAGAUGAGGGCAGGGAGGAGUCCUACGGCGGUGGAAAAGGAGAUGAUGGUUGAGGCGAGGGGGAAGUUGGCGGAGGUGUGUGAAGGUUUUGCUCCUAAGGAAGUUUUUCCGAGGGAUGCCUUUGGUGCCGUUAUUGAGGAUAUUGGACUCAAUAAGUUGAAAGAACAGAUGUCAGGGUUUCGCCCUCCUAAGGUAUCAAUUAGUGAGAAGUUGCUGCUCACCAAACAAAAGAUGGAAAAGUCUGAGGAAUUUUCUUUACAUUCUACUGCAUCUUCAUCUCAGCGGUUGCAAAGAAACUCAGAUGCAGCAGCUGAAAGCCGUGGGACAUCACAUACUUCUCGAAUGUUUCCAUCAGAUAAACCAAGUCAUCCAUUGAUUUCUUCUGGAGGUUUCCAACCUGCUUCACCUUUAGCUCAUGUUUCUGCAGCAAAAUCUACAUCUUUACCAUAUCAGUUGCCUGCCAGCGAAAUAAGAUCACCUGUUAUAUCAAGUGGAUUGCCUUCCAGUCAUUUAGGAAGGGAUUCUUUGUCGUUAGCAUUGCCUAGUGUUGAGAGAGUGCAUUUUAGAUUGGACGGAAGAUCAAAUGGUUCUUCAUAUACAUCCCAAGUUCAAGCAAAUUCUUCAGGAAGAACUCCAACUUGGUCUCUGCAACACCAAUCUGCCACAUUUGAUAAAAUUGGACCAGAUAAUAAGGUGCCAGCUCAUACUCCUGUUAAGUUUGAUGGACCUACUGAUUUGAGCGCAUCACGGGUGGCCCCUCAUGUAACGGCAUCUAAACCAUUUAUCUCUCAGACUGCAUCAGGAAAUCUACCGAGCAUACAUCAGCAUUUACAGGGCAUGAACUUCGUUCAAGGUCCUUCACUUUACAAUAGCCACAAUGAAAUUGGCAAAAUUGUUCAGAAAUUGUUACAACCACAGCUUGCCGAACAGCCCACAUGGACUCCUCCUUCGAGGGAUUACAUGAAUAAGGCUUUAACUUGCCAAGUGUGCAAGCUUAUCGUUAAUGAGGUGGAAAAUGUACUUCUAUGUGAUGCUUGUGAUAAAGGUUUUCACCUAAAAUGUCUUCAAAUUUACAAUCAAAAAGGGAUUCCUAGAGGUGAGUGGCACUGCCAGAAGUGUCUGACGUUAAGCAAUGGGAAGCCUUUGCCCCCUAAAUAUGGUCGUGUCAUGAGAAAUAUGAAUGCACCAAAAGUUUCUUCUGACAAUCCUACUAUACAGUCAUCUCCUGAUAAUAAAGUGGGAUUCUUUGAUCAGCAGAUCAAUCAGCAGAAGAUAACAGCGAAUGGAAACUCUAAUUUGCAAAGUGCUACUGUUACCAUGGGCAAUAAACAUAACAAUUCAGCAUCCGAUUCAAAUAUUCUGAAUGCAAGAGAAAUGCAAGGGGAUGAUGUUUCAUCAAGUAGAGUAAUAAUGGAUGAUAAGCGUGGAUCAGGACCUUGUCCAAAUGAUGUAAUGAAUAAUUUAGAUGGAGCUCAUGAUUCUCCUGCUGGCUCAUCAUUGGGAAGAUCAUUUGAAGUGGAUACGGUUUCUAAAUCAAAACCACAUCCUCCUGUGCAAUUGUCAGAGAAAGUUAUAAAUUCUCAUGACGACUCACAAGCCUCCCACAAUUCUCAAUAUAAUGUACAAACAGAGCUGCCAAACAGUGCUGAUAUUCCAUCAGAGCAAUGUCAUGACAAUGGCCUUAUGGUUAAAGAUACGAAGAAUUCCUGUAGUACAGAAACUUUUGACUGCGAUUCAAAUUGUGAAAUGAAGCAAGUUGCACGAGCUAAUUCUGUUGAAGUUUCUGGAAGCAGUAUUGGGGCUCAAAAGCAUGUUAGGUCCUUAGCAGAUGGUUUGCGUGCUGUUGAUUGGACUGGUGAUGUACUAAACGUCGUGGAUGAGAAGACAUAUUACCAGUCUUGUUGUGUCAAUGGAGUAGUAUAUCAAGUGCGGGAUCAUGCUCUUUUUCGUUCUAAUGAUGGCAAAUUGAUGCCUCAUAAGAUUCAGGCCAUGUGGGAGGAUAGCAAAACUAGAUCAAAGUGGGUUAUCGCCAAUAGAUGCUACUUUCCUGGUAACUUGCCAAAGGUUGUUGGCCACCCCUUUACUCCGGAAAGCAAUGAGGUCUAUGAGUCUGAUCAUGAUAGUACCACAAUGGCUGGCUUGAUUCAAGGCCCAUGUGAAGUUCUUCCUCCAGGCAAAUUUGUUGAAGAAAGUGAAAGGAGAACUCGUUUAGGGAAGGGGGAAAAUAAUGGUCUACGGCCGCUUUUCCUAUGCAAGUGCGUCACUUUUCUUCCUCCAUCCAUUCCAAAUGGUUUUAUGAUGAAUCAAAAGGACUAUUUCGAGAUGUUUCAAGUUAGUUGCAAUCAGACAUACACUUUUAGCUGACUUAUAUCCAGGCUCUCAUGCAGCAAGUUCAUGGAUCUCCCUUUGAUCAGGUUGCGCAGCGGUGGGACAUUGGACAAUUGAUCAAGGGGAUUUCCUCCAAUGCUCAUUUCAUGUACAAUAUGUGGCUUUAGCUUAGUCUGUAAUCCUGUAUCACAUUCUUGAUUGUAAUUUAAGUGGAAUUUUUUCUUGCCCAUUUUUUGGUGCCCCAAGACUACCCAAUAGAAUAUGAAUCAUGUUAAUCAUAUCAGCUUGCUCAAUGUUUAAGUUUAUUCGUUAGAUACAAAACGUUUUUAUUUUUCAGAUGUUGAUUAGGCCUUGCUUUUUGUGCUUCUGAUUUCUAAAUGUUGAUAAAAUUGAAGGGGAAAGUGGUCAUUCUGUAUGUAA